UUUUCUGAACAUAUCCACUCUCUAUUAUUAGACGCGACACCCGAAAUCUAGUAGGAAAAAGAGCUCCUGCGAAAUGGCGGGAAGAUGUCCACUAGUGGUAGCAGUGUCGUUGGUUCUCGUCAUCAUUCCGCUCGUUCCGCUGGUCCGUAGUUCCGUGCCACGUCACGACGAUCAUGUCACGUGGGAGCCCUCGCAGUUCGAGAUCUCCAUGCGAAAGACGCUGGAGAUGCCCGAGGAGGAGAGGCGGCAGCACGCGAAGCGCAUUCUGGAAGCCGCUGGCGUCACGGAACGCGGCGAGUCCGAAGGCGCCGUUGAGGAGCGAGGCGAGCGGCGGCUGGUCGACACGGGAGUGAAGCUGGGUCUGGCGGCGCCGCCGCUGAGCUCGGGGCCGAGCAUGGCGGUGGUGAACAUGUCGUUCUACCGCUGGGAGAGCGUCGCGCCGCCGCCCGUCGUCGACUGGCGCAAGACCCUCGCCAUCACGCCCAUCCAGACGCAAUACGUGUGCUCAAGCUGCUGGGCGAUCGCAGCCGUCGAUUCCAUCGCCAUGAUGUGGGCGAUCGCCAACAACGGCAUCGGAAUAAACCUGGCGCCGCAGCAGGUGUGCGACUGUGCGACGAAGCAGUGCUGCCAGGGCGGCUGGCCCGAGUGGGCCUUCUCGUACGUGCUCUUCAACGGCGGGGUCACUUCCAACAGCAACUACCCCUACCGGGCGUACGAUUCCGCCACGUGUCUCUUGGACACAUCCAUGCCGUCCAUGGCGCAAAUCACGGGGUGGGAGCUGGUGCCGGCAAACAACCGCUUGGCGCUCAUGAAGGCCGUCAGCAUGCAGCCCGUCGUCGCCUUCAUCAGCGCCGCCACCUCCGGCGACUUCUCGACCUACAAGAGCGACAACGUGCUAAACAUUUACGACGGCGGCUGCUCAACGGAGACCAACCACGCGGUGGUGGUCGUUGGAUUCAACUACACGGGGCCGGAUCUCAAGGGCAGCUAUUGGAUAAUCAAGAACUCGUGGUACGCCACGUGGGGCGACCGCGGCUACAUGUACCUCGCCAUGGUACCCGACGUGCGCGGGAAAUGCGGGCUCCUCUCAACCCCCGCCAUGUACCCGGUCUACUUCCCAUCGGGACAGCAGCCGGCGCGCUUCUCGUCCGACAAGCGCGGCAAGUGGAACAUCAACAAAGUGGACGACCUCUCGUCGUCGCUCUUCGCCUCCACCCUCUCCACCUCCACCGCCAUCUCCGACAUCACCGCGAGCACGUCUACCUCAACCUCUACCACCAUUAGCGGCUCAAGUGACUUCGCCAUUGCCGCUAUUUCCGAUACCUCGAUUUCCGGCUCUUCCUCGCUGCUGGUCGGCUCCGAUUCGACUGCCAUCAAGACGACUACUACCACACAGAGUACCGCAUGUGUGGGGAUGAUAAACCCCUGCGGCGGGGGCAGUUGCUACAUGAGCGGUGACGUCCCCCGCUGCAACUGCAGCGGGCCUUCAAACAUGGUUGAGGUGCUCGGAGCGCCCACGUCGAAAUGCGUGCCGCGAUAUCCGUGCUCGAAUUUCGCUGUGAAUCCUUGCGCUGGCGGAACAUGCACGGACGUUGGCGACGGGACGUACACGUGCGCGUGCUCCGCUGGUUACGCCAUCGGUGCUGCAAUAGACGGGUCGCCGACGUGCAUGCCUGCAGCUGGUCUGGCGAAAGCCUAUGUUACCCUGCCUGGCGACAAUUGCACGACGGUCGCGACGGCUUUCAGCAUUUUAACUUCCACCCUAACCGCCCUUAACCCGUUUAUCAACUGCUCGGUUACAGAGUACCUCCCUCCUGGAAUUGCACUCACUGUAUCCGCAACCGUGACUUCCUUAUCCUCAUAUUGCACCAGCUCUUACACCGUCCGACCUCCUGACACCUGCACUUCUAUAGCGAAUACCUACUUCGGCGGAAGUCUCACUUCCCUCUUGGCCAACAACCCUGGAUUGUCAUGCAAGCGCUUGUUCAAGUCCCAGCAAAUCUGCCUUCAGAUGGUUGCAGCAGCAGCUGCCCCCUCAGCUUCACAAUGUGGGCAAAGCGUUGCCGUCGUCACGGGAGACACUUGCGCUUCAGUUGCUGUUAAAUACGCAGUUGACAUCAAUGCAUUUCUGUCACUCAACCCAGGGAUCAACUGCAACGUCAAUCUUGUUGUGGGCACUUACGUGUGUGUGGUGUCAAAAUCACCCAUUACGACCAUCAACUGCACUGGGUGGUACCGUGUGAUGCAGGGCGACACAUGCCCCUCCAUCUGGAAUGCAGCCAACCUCACCAUGUCCAUGUUCCUCGCCAUCAACCCUGGCAUCCAGUGCCAGGCUCCCUACUUCACCGUCGGCCAGCAGGUCUGCAUCAACUCACCCAUCCUCGCCACCAUGCAAGGAGCUCCCAACGUCUCCUACUACAUUCACACCGUGCGGGACAACGAAACUGCCCUCACUCUCGUCUCCGCCGUCUACUAUCCCCGCUGCACACCCCUCUCCAUUUCUCCUGAGUCGAUCGCCGCUCAAAAUUUCAUCGCCAACUUGUCCACUCCUCUUGCUGUGGGCACGAAGCUGACCAUCCCCUGUAUUGGCCGCAUCGGUAUCAUCGACAGUGUCUGUGCCACAUCUCUCCCAAUUUGUGGAUCCGAUUUUGUCACAUACCCGUCGUAUUGCGACGCGGGCGCCAACUAUGCUCUUCCCCCUUUCCAGCAAGACGCAUGCACCGGCUGCGGCCUUGCCUGCACCAACCGCAUGGGAUUGGGCCCCCGGACCGGUUACGGCUGCACCCAAGCUAUCUGCCCAUAUCCGGCCUGGUUUUCCUCCGUUACGGACUGCACUUACCCAGGACUCAGCGUUGAUGCUAGUCCGUGCUGCGCCAACAGGAAACAUCUAUGCGACAGGGAGUGCAACCUUAGUGCAACUUCAUUGGUGGGUACCCCUGCUCAGACGGCCGCCACCUACGACAAGUGCUACAACAAUUGCUACUGCUGCGCUGCCGUCCCCUGUGGUGGGCCAUCGUGCUCAACCUCAAACAGUGCAUGCUCCAAAACCUCGAACAGUGUGUGUUCCACCAAGACAUGCUCCUAUACUGUGCCGUACUACUGGUAUAAUUGCACUUGUUAUCCUGCUCCUGUUCCCAUGCCUUAAAUGCUGCUUGUGAUGGCUGUAACUGUUAAAUUAUAUAUAAUUGUGAAAGCUUGCU